AUGGUGGACGUUGCACCUCCGACAACUGAAAACGCCACGCCCAGCCCCCUUCCUUCGGGUACUCGCAGACGGUCAAUAAAUUCGCAAACAUCCACAGCCAACAGACAUCGCCGCAUACGUACCAGUGUUGCAAAGGAGCUGACUCGCUAUGCCAGAUCGAAGAGGAAGCUCCUAAGAACACUAGAAGAAGCCCAGUUGACUCAGAGGGAAAUUGGAGAUCUUCAAGACUUCCGGGUCAAAAUCGAGUGCCUGAUAACGGCACUGAACAAAAACCCUGUCUUUCUCAUUUUCGGUCAAUCGUUCAACGUCAAGGCCAGAAUAGCCGAGAUGUUAAUCGGAGAAAAGUUCUACUUCUCAGCACAACAAUUUAACAACAACCUUACGCAAAGAACAGUGAAGGUGAUCUACGGAAAGAAAGUGAGCUACACAAUCUCGGUCGACGGGGACAACCACGAGGACUUCGAUUUCGUCGAGAGUCCUUCGAUGGGCCAACACUCCAGUACCUUCAGUGCUUCCGGAUACGACAGCUCAGAGGCUCCCGACUUGACUCAGGUGCCGACUAUCGAGAUAAACGAAGUGGACAUGAAACGACUCUCGCAGUGCAGUCGUUCAAUUGAGAUCCGACUGAACAACGAGCUACUCCGGGACAACACGAGCGUUGUGAUGACAACUACGAACAACAAGUUCUACGACACCAAGCAGAUAUUUCUUCAGGCGACAAAUGAGCACUUUCCGAUCGUGAUUUACGGUCUAGAAUCGCCACAGCUGACAGACAAAGACAAAGCAGACAUCAAACAACUGCGCGAAUGUUGCACGAAUGAACUUCAAUUUCUGUUUCUAACCAUGGAGAUAACGCGUGACUCUGAGUUUACUGAAUCGCAACAGGACAUUUUGUGGCAGGUAAUGGAGAAUGAUCUCAGAGACGUUGGAGUAGUGGAGUCCUUACCGGAACAACUGGAAAAAUGCAUAAGUAAUGACAGCAAACUCUUGGUGACUGCGGACACAUCUUUCCAGUCUCCAGAUCCCAACAAAGCUUCAGAAGCCCAAGGAACAGAAAACAAUAAUGAAGCCAAUAACGAGAACAGAGACGAUGUUUCACAACAUUCGAUGCCUCCAAUGCUAGAUGACGAGGACUCGUUUCCACGAAUGAGAACUAACAGUACAUUGCGCACUAUGAGCAUCAUGAGAGCCACAGGGAGUGAAGUUAGUGUGUUGACCAACAGCCGUCUGGCUCCGUUCAACAAUUUCCUGGAACAGCUGGAAAUGUUCGUCAAGGAAGUUUUAAAGCAAAGGACAAUAACCAAAUCGGACGAAGCGCGCUUCCUUCUCACAGAGUUCUUGGAAGACUGCAUCAGCACUACAUAUCAGUUCACAAAAGAUGCCAAACUGAUUCCAGUUCGGAUCAAAUGGGCCAAAGAGCAAGAAGAAAAACUGUACAAUGCACUGUUGGCAGUCUCAACUGAGAAGCAACACGAGAUCAGAGCCAUCAUCAAGAAGAGCCUCGACGAAUCACAGAACGUGCUAAUCGACACGGCUGAGCGACAUACAUUCACUACGGCUAUAAGCAGCAGCGACGUCAGCCUCAACAGCAAGAGCAUGAGAAACGAGAGAAGGGAGCUAGAAGAAACAUUGAUUCGUAAACUGAACGAAAUCAUUGCGGAGAACCUCGUGGGGUCGGUUCGCAUGCUGCGAGCGACGAUGAUCGAAACGCUUCAGAGAACAGUCCAAUCACUCGAGGAGACAAGUCCCAACAUGGAAGCCAGUCUAGAAUCCUCAACAUCAACAUUAGUGACGGGUUUCUCUGCCAAAAACGCCCUGCAUGAGAUACUUAAUGCAGCUUAUCGGAUCGAAAUCAAUUCGCGCAACACCUUGUCAUUGAGAGCGAUCAUCUUCGAGAAGCUCAAAUUUCUGUUCAGCAACCUCGGAAGCCCCACCGAAGUGAAUGAGGAUUGGCGAAGACGAGUAGCCAACCAGAUCAUAGAAAAAAUAAGCGAAGAAAAACUCUCCAAAGAAGUGUGCUUCCAAUUCAAAGCUAACGUCGAGAGGGCACACAGUGAAUUCUUGACCAGCAUCGACAGCAUUCAAGAGUCUCAGAUACAGAAAAUGGACAUGCAAGCGGAGAAGAGUCGCAAACUGAAAAAGAGCUACUCCCCCAAACUGGCUAGAUUCGUGCUAGAGAGCACGUGUUAUCGCGACUACGCUCAGUAUGGAAUGCCGAGGUACGAACAGGAAAUUGGGCGGGGCCAGUACGGAGUGGUUUACUCGAGUAGAAGGUGGGGUCCCUUCGGACCAUGUGCCAUUAAAAGUGUAGCACCUCCAGAUGAGAAGCACUGGAACAGUCUGGCAAUGGAGUUCUACUACACGCGGUCACUUCCUGAGCACCCCAGGAUUGUGCAGAUCAGAGGUUGUGUGAUUGACAGCACUUACGGCAGUGGAUCCGGGGCAGUGCUGCUAAUCAUGGACAAGAUGCGACGGGAUCUGCACACUGCCAUCAGACAAGGAAUGCCCCUCAUUCCUCGACUGCAGGUCACAUAUAAAUAUUAUGCCUAUAAAACUUUCCUCAUCUGCGAGCUUGAAAACAAAGAAGCACAAAAUGUUCCGAAAAAUCAUUUCAGUAAUAAAAUUCUAAAAUUAGGGAAAAACUAA